AAACACCAUCUCGUCGCGCAUAGCCACACACCACACCACACCCCACCCCGAACAUCUCUCUUUGCCUGGCACCUUGCUCGUCAAUACGUCCUUGGCAGCGAUACCGUGAUUCAACCUCUCCCCCGCGCGCAUGAGUUGGCGAUUGCGUCCUACGCCCUGCAUCACCCCUACUGUUACUCUCCAUCCAUGUGUGUGUGCUCGAUCGAGUGUUGCGCCCUUCAGUGCUGAACAAUUCACGCGCUGAUCAUGAGCGCAAUCGCCAAUCUUUGCCGCGGCACGUUUGGUCAAUUGAUGGCUUCGACUAUUGCGAUAGUGCGCAAUAAUGCUUAGCCUGGACCCUUGCCUGCAGCUUUCUUGCAGCUUCGUCUGCAUCCACUACUUGGCAACCCGUCUCCUCUUGUCUGACCGGAAAAUGGCCCACUGUCAUUCGCUCAUGGAUUGCCAAUUCAUCAUUGCCGUCCUGUUUACACAGUCCAGGAGUUCACGCAGCCCACCCGGCUGAAGGUCAGUCAAGCCAGAUGUGUGCUUGCGUCCAGAUCAGAGAAGAAGCAAACACGAACACUCAGCCUCCACCGCGGAAACUGUGUGCAUCAUACGAACAGACUCUUUGGCGUUGGUAUACGGUCUACAGCUAGGUUCUAUCUGGUCUUGUGAGUCAAAGGCGCAAAGUAACCUCGCUGUGGACUAUCAUGUAUGCAUAUAUAUGUGUACACGCACUAUGACUCCAUCGCCCAAUACUCGGCCCGCACCACAUGUGGAGAUUGCUAUAAUCAUACUGUCACCCCGAGUCUCGUCCAGUCAUGCGUCUUGGCUCAGGUGGUUGUUGUGUUGGGUGAGGCUCUGCGCACGUCACGGCGCCGUUUGAAUUGGAACUACUGUUGGCCCACUGUAGACCCCGUCGACGGUCGCCCGUUGUCCCGCCUGCCUGCAGCCAAAGCAACCCCACACCGCCGGCCUAGGUACAUGUCCUCUAUCAUCCACAAUUGUUCUAUCUUAGGCUACUUUGGAAGAAUCUGGCUGAUACGUCGCCAGUAG